AUGUUUGGCCGUUCAGGAUUCAGGGCGUUUAAAUCGCCCAACUGGCGGUUCGGACAGUUCUACACGCCGCGGUGGAUCCAUCUGGCCGCCAAACGGCCCACCCCGCGCAAAUUCGCCGGCCCUGGAUGGUCAGUGUUUCAAGACCUCCAGCUGGUGUCGUUUGGGUCCCAUUUGAUAUUCUUCAUGUUACUGCCUCCGAUCAUCCAGGAAUACACCACACGCAUCGACGUUCGUCGCGACGAACUGCCUCCCGAAGUUUCGCUCGCCGAGUACGACUCGCUCGUCAGUUACAUGAAACACCAACGUCCAAUGGAGCGAAUCAGUUUCUUGCAGCCAGGACUGCUCGCCAACAUCAAGCCACAGCCGCUGUCGAUUGCGCAGCAGAUCGAAUUGCCCGUGCCUUCCACUCCCGACGAGCUCACCGACUGUAUUGGAGUUCCUGUGUAUUUGGACCAUUGCAACCUUGCCGUGCCUAAAGAGACAGAAGAGCUUCCCUCGUUGCUGAGUCGCGCGUUCGACAACAGAGACUCGUCGUCCGUGGGCAGAAGCACGGUUUACAAGAUGCAGCCGUACUCUGUCGGCCAUCGCAGCGACGUGGCCAACAUAAAUCGACAGCUGGACACGAACUACAACGACCUGGUCAAUUCGAAACAAAACAAAGAACAGUACGUGCAACAGCUCGUGCGCAUAGUGGACGAGUUUGUCUCGCACACGCGAGACUACGAAACAGAGUCGAACCAGGUGUUUAAGGCUGUGUUUACUCAGUUGUACGACUUGGAGCUGUACUCACUAGCACAAGUUCUGUUGGAGACGAUGGUGGCCACACCCGUGGACAAGAAACAGCGGGCGCUGAAACGAGCCCGAAAAAACCAUCUAGCAAUGACCAAGAAGUUCCUAAAGUCCAAGGCCGGAGGAGUGCGUGUUUCUCGGGAAAAAGCAGAGAUGAAACAGAAACUAAGCAAGCAUAGUCUGGAGAUGUACAACCACGGCUGGGUGAAAAGUGUUGUUGGUGACUCUGGUGUGUUUGAACGGGUGGUGAACCUAUGGUGUCGUCUGGAAACCGAUCCAGGGUCUGUGCUACAGAGUUUCAUGGACCUAUUGCACAAGCACGAGUCAGGCACCGCGGAACUGGCCCAACUCUACAAAGUUCUUGUCAAGGCGGGUCGGGUUGAUCUGGCAAGACAGUUGGCACAGAAAUCUCCCCAAGAGACGUUAGCAUAG